AUGUUUAACAAUUUGAAAUUCUCUCUAAAAAAUUUUGCCAAUAUUUGUAACAAAGAUAUCAGUAGAAAUUAUAAUAAAAAUAUACAUUUAAAAAAGAAAGUCUUUAUAAAUAAUAAUUAUAAUAUUUUUAUUAAUCAGAAUCAAUUACAUUUUCAUAAAAAUAAUGUUAAUUUGUUAAUUGAAAAAGUCAAUUAUAACAACAAAUAUAUCCAUUCAUCGUUUUUCAAUUAUUUUGAUAAAUAUAACAUCAUUUACAAUAAUGAUGAUAGCAAAAGUAAUGAUAACGAUGGUAACAAUGAUUCUGGCAACAAUAAUAAUACUAUCACAAACACUACUAAAAGUAUAGAUGUUGACACAAAAACCACUAGCAGCAUUGCAGAAAUUACCAACACAGCUUCAUCUUCGUUGUCUUCAUCACCACCACCAGCAGCAUCAGCUAAUGAUCAACAAAAUUUAGAUAGACGUCUAUUAAUUUCAUUUACAUGUAAAGUGUGUUCUCACCAAUCAACAAAGACGAUGUCAAAACACUCAUAUGAUCAUGGUGUAGUGAUUAUACAAUGUCCUUCAUGUAAUAAUAAUCAUUUGAUAGCUGAUCAUUUAGGAUGGUUUCGUGAUGGUAAAACAACUAUAGAAGACUUGAUGCUUGAAAAAGGUGAAAAGGUUUUGAAAUUUAUUGCAGAUGAGAAGUUUGAAUGGAAUUCUGAGACAAUUGGGAAGGGAAAAUUGAGAAUAAAAUUACAAAAAAAUUCAAUCAAAGGAAAAGAUCAAUUUCCUGGCGAUGAUUAA